AUGGAAUUCAAUGUUCCCCUGUCAUCACUGGCCCUCCUGGUCCCACCACUAAGGCUGAUGUCAGCAGUGAUGUGGGAAGUGGUUCGCCAGAGGAACAUCAAGCAUUAUGGGAAGCUGGAGGAGUUUGUAUCCAUGGUUACAGACGCAGUUCCGGAGCUCAUGAGUAAAAGAGAGGGGAGACUCUUGUCAUUGGGCCUAAGGGCCAGGACAAAUGAUCCGAUAAUUGAAGCACCAGAGGCCAACUUCAUGAAGCUCGUGCAAGGCCUUAUUGAAGAUACUGAUGGCAGAGAACAUUUCCUCAAGAACGUGUUUCCAGUGGAGUAUGGCCCCGACUUCGACACGGCACUGGAGACGUUAGUUUGUGAAUUCUUCACUAGACUGGAAGAGCUUCUGCCAGUCCCAGAUUAUAAGCAGUCAGAUGAUCUUCUUAUCCCGUCGCUGUCUCUACCACCCUCUUUGGAAGUGGCCAUCGCAUCCCACCCGAGCGCUUGUGAUGAUGACCACAAUGUUCCUCAGAUAGUCAUGUUUGAUGAGGAACUGUCCACAAAUCCUUCCACAUCAAACGACUUCCCAGAUUCUCCAAAAAGACCUGAUAUCUCCUCAUCUCCUUGUCACAGACCGCAGGUAGUGACACACAAAUGUUCUGAAUGUGGCAAAUGCUUCAAGCAUCAUUCUGUCCUGGUGGAGCAUCAGAGAGUCCACAGCGGCUUACAGCCAUAUAACUGCUCCGAAUGUGGAAGGGCUUUCAGAACGGCCACGCUGCUGGCCGGCCACAGGCUGCGCAAAUGCAAAAACGCUGCAUACCUCUGCAUAAAAUGCGGUAACAGCUUUCCCUCAUCCUUGGACAAAUUCCGACAUCCCUGCCCUAAACGAGGACGUAACUAUAAUUGCGAGCACUGCAAAAAGACGUUCCAAAAGUCCAGCAGCUUGAAGGAACACCUCCUCACGCACGUUCAGAGCCGCCUUUUCAAGUGCAGCCAUUGCGGCGUUGGUUUUUCCGGCAUCGGCGACCUAAAGUAUCAUCAGCAGGUUGAUCAUGACAAGCCCUACCAAUGUAAGCAAUGCGGAAAAAGCUUCAUCUCCUCCAAGUGUCUGUUGAAACAUCAACAGCGCCACGAUGAGAUCAGCGAGAUGGAGGCCGCCAAAUUACUGAGCGGAGGUAAACACAGGAAAUGUGGCGCCUCUCAUCGUGUUUCGGCCUACAAAUCGGCCUACACUCGGGGACGGGUCACUCACAACUGUCCGCUGUGCGGAAGGAGCUUCAAGUAUCGCUUUGAGUUUCUAGAACACCAGAGAUUUCACACAGCUGUUAAGCCUUACAAAUGCUCCCAGUGCGGCAAAGCGUUCCGCACGGAAGCUCACUUGUCUGGCCACAGGAAGAGGAAAUGCAAGAACGCCGCUCACAUUUGCACCAAGUGCGGCUGUCAGUUUAGGUCUGUGCACGAGUGUGUCAGGCACCAGUGCGUACAGCUGCUGACCAAAUACGAGUGUUCUCACUGCGGAAAGACCUUCAAGAUGGCCCAUUUGCUGAGAAACCAUCAGAUGACUGAACAUCAGCUCCCCUAUAGCCCCAACCAUCGCUUCAGGUGCCGAUACUGUGACGAAACUUUCCCAGGGAUCAGUGAGCUUAAGUAUCAUCAACGGGUCGACCACGAGAAACCGUACCAGUGUCAAGAAUGCGGCAAAUGCUUCUUGUCCGAAAAGUGCUUGUCCAAUCAUGAGUUGCGCCAUAACGACGACAGGCCCGAGAGCUGCCCAGUCUGCGGCCGCGGCUUCCGAAACCGCUACGACUUGAAGCAGCACAUGCGCACUCAUACAGGAGAGCGACCCUACCAAUGCACUCACUGCUCACAGUGCUUCUCCACGGCCGGAGGCUUACGGAGUCACACUCGAGUUCACACUGGCGAAAAGCCUCACGUGUGCCCGGAUUGCGGCAAGGCUUUCUCCCAGAUGGGCGCGAUGCGUACCCACCGGCUCACUCACACUGGCGAGAGGCCAUUCAAGUGCACGGUGUGUGGCAAAGGCUUCACGAUGGCGCACAAGGUGACGGUGCACAUGCGCGUCCACACCGGAGAACGGCCAUACGUGUGCUCUCAGUGCGGGAAGGCCUUCUCUGAUGGUAGCGUACUCAAGCAGCACAUGCUCAACCACUCAGGUGUACGACCUUUCCACUGCCAGAUCUGUCCCAAGACCUACACCUGUCUCAACCACCUAAGGAGGCACCUCAAAAGUCACUCGAGCAUGAACUGA